CAGAAACAGCUCGCCAACCACCCCGGUAGCUUGCUAGCCAACAUAGCUGAAAGAUUCCAGCUAUUUAUACGCUUUCGGUGUAUAUUACCUACUGUGUUUUAGACACACUUCUGUCAUAUCUACUUGUUAAACUAUUUAAUAUUACGUUAUUUUGUAUUAGUCAGCUAUAGUAGUUGGCUGGUUAAGUUAGCACUAGCCUAGUCACUAAUGAUAGCCAGCUAGCUAACAUCCCUGAACAUGAGCUCCCUAAACUUCUCUCCUGUUGAAGAAGAGGAGGUCUGCUGGACGGAGAAAGAAACUCUGGGGCUGAACAUUGUCGUAAAAGAGGAGAAGGAAGAAGAGGAUGUCACAGUUAAACAAGAAGUAGAGGGUGAGGCUGUUACAGUGAAAGAAGAAGAGGAAGACGUUUCAGUGAAAGAAGAGGAGGCAGAGAAAGAGGAUGCAGUUUUUGGAGUGAAGAAGGAAGGGGAGAUUACUGUCACAUUGAAAGAUGAAGAUGAGGAGAUGGGAGAUCUGAUUAACACCAGAGAGAUACCAGACUCUGACAGCAGGAAGAGUCCUUCAGGGGAACCAGACCCAGAGACGCCCAAACCAGCGAGACGACACCACUGCUCCCACUGUGAAAAAAGUUUUCGCUGGUUAGGGAAUCUAAAGCACCAUGAGAGGACACACACAGGAGAAAAGCCAUACCACUGCUUCCAAUGUGAAAAGAGAUUUUCCGGAUCAGGGGACUUAAAAGCUCAUGAAAGGACACACACGGGAGAAAAGCCUUAUCACUGUUCCCAGUGUGGAAAGAGUUUUACUGUGUUAAAUAACCUGAAAAGGCAUGAGAGAAUACACAAAGGAGAAAAGCCUUUUCAAUGUUCCCAGUGUGGAAAGAGUUUUACCCUGUUAGCUAAUCUGAAAAGGCAUGAGAGAAUACACACAGGAGAAAGUCCUUAUCACUGUUCCCACUGUGGAAUGAGUUUUAUUCAGUUGGCGAGCCUGAAGGCACAUGAGUGGACACACACAGAAGAAAAGCCUUUCCAGUGUUCCCAGUGUAGAAAGAUUUUUACCCUGUUAGCUAACUUGAAAAGGCAUGAGAGAAUACACACAGGAGAAAAGCCUUACCAUUGCUUCCAUUGUGAAAAGAGAUUUUCCCGAUCAGGGGACCUAAAAGCUCAUGAGUGGACACACACAGGAGAAGAACCUUUCCAUUGUUCCCAGUGUGGAAAGCGUUUUACCGUGUUAGCUAACCUGAAAAGGCAUGAGAGAAUACACACAGGAGAAAAGCCUCAUCACUGUUCCCACUGUGGAAUGAGUUUUAUUCAGUCAAGGAGCCUGAAGGAGCAUGAGUGGACACACACAGGAGAAAAGCCUUUCCAAUGUUCCCAGUGUGGAAAGAGUUUUAUUGUGUUAAGUAACCUAAAAAGGCAUGAGAGAAUACACACAGGAGAAAAGCCAUUCCAAUGUUCCCAUUGUGGAAACAGUUUUACUCAGAGAGGGCACCUACAAGAGCAUGAGAGAAUACACACAGGAGAAAAGCCUUUCCAAUGUUCCCAGUGUAAAAAUAGAUUUUCCCGAGUAGGGGACCUAAAAGCUCAUGAGAGGACACACACAGGAGAAAAGCCUUUCCAAUGUUCCCAGUGUAGAAAGAGUUUUACCGUGUUAGCUACCCUGAAAAGGCAUGAGAGAAUACACACAGAAGAAAAUCCGGGCACCGAAGACGUGGAUGUCAAUUAAGGCAACCCCUCGCACCUCUCUGAUUCAGAGGGUUUGGGUUAAAUGCGGAAGACACAUUUCAGUUCAAUGCAUUGUUGUACAACUGACUAGGUAUCCCCCUUUCCCUUUGCCUAUAGAGCUCUGUCAUAAACAUGAGAGUAAGAUUAGAUUUUAUGUUCUGCAUUAUUAUUAUUAUUAUUAGGGCAGCCACCAAGUUAAGAAAUUAUGGAAUGUUCUGAAAACUGACUUCAGGUUUUUGAGGAAUCUAGUCUCGCAGGAAGACAGUUUUAUUUUAUGAAGGUUUAAUUCAGUUCUCUUCUUAGUAUUUAACUAAAUACUCUGUCUUUGGUAUGAGAGGGACUAGACUUAUUACUGUUCCCACUGUGGAAUGAGUUUUCUUCAGUUAGGGAGCCUGAAGGAGCAUGAGUGGACAAACACAGGAGAGAAGCCUUUCCAAUACUCCUAGUGUGGAAAGAGUUUUGUCUGGUUAAGGAGUCUGAAGGAGCAUAAGAAGACACACCAAAAAAGCCCUAUCACUCCUCUCUCUCUCUGUGUGGAAGGACAUUUUCCCAGUCACAGAACCUGAAAUCACAUGAGAGAAUAAAGUCGCUGUGUUCUGACAUAUUUUUUACUGAGAGUUUUUGUUUAUGCCACAUGAAAUCAUAUUGUUUAUGAUUAAACCUGUCCCACAGUUGGUCCCACAGUUGACAAUGUCCAUCAGAGCAAACACCAAGCAAUGAGUUCGAAGAAAUUGUCAAUAGAGCUCAGAGACAGGAUCGUGUUGAGGCACAGAUCUGGGGAAGGGUACCAAAAAAUGUCUGUAGCAUUGAAGGUCCCCAAGAACACAGUGGUCACCAUCAUUCUAGAAUGGAAGAAGUUUGGAACCAACAAGACUCUUC